AUGUUUGACGUUAUUUGGACCGACCCCAACCGGGAGUCUAUCGGCGAGAGGAAGCAGCGCAAAGCAGCCGAAGGAAAGACUAGAAAAAAGGAAGAAAAGCGACUGUUUCGAGCUUCAGUCUCAACACAUUCGUCUGGCUCUUCCAGCGUCGACAAGCCUAUGCCUGGAGCUCAUGGCACAUUCGAUCACAAGAAAGCAUCGCCGUUAUCAUUAAGAACAGUCACUGGGAUACAAACCCAAGCUGAGCCUCUGCUCGGAGGCCCGAUAUCUCCCACAUCUUCGAACAAUAGUUGCGUCAACCGGCCUAUCCAGUACAUAGAAGAUGUUGCCAUCAAAGAAAGGAUUCUGGAGGACAUUUCCGAGACGUCCCCAGGCCUGGACUCCAGAGAUUCAAUAUUUUCUAGUCAUAACGAUUAUGCAUCUGCCCCCAUGACACCAGCUUCAGUCUUUGGUGGAUCGCAUGCCCAGCAGCCAGACUCGACGUCAAAGGUCAUACAAAGUCUGGGCCCCUCUUCGUUUAUCACGAAAACGACCGAGGUCGUAUCUGCACCACGCUCACCAGAGCUCGACUGUGACCAUGUAGUUUCCGAUGUAACCAUCACUGCGGAUUUAUCUCAUCGCGUCGUGCUACCUGCGACUCCGCCGUCUCCCAAAGAGCUGGGAAAGACUAUCCACACGAAGAAGUGGCUAGCCUCAAUUCCUAAUCGCACGCGUUCGCUUUCCCCAUCAAAAGACGAUAUCAGCCGUAGGCUUGGCCCUCUGCCUCCUAUCCCAAAGAAAACACCGCCUUCGACACCAAAAAGUCCGAGAGGGCUCACUAUAGCAGCACCAAGUUCUGUUUUCCGCAACGACAACCCUGAUGCGUGGAGGCCCCCCGACACUUGGGAGUGCAGUCCGUCUUUCAAGGCCACCGCAACAUCACUAGAUGCCUUUGUGGGGCCGCAAACUGCGGAUCAGACUCGCAAGUCCAGCUUGAUAUCAUUGGAUCUCAUUGCUAUGCAACGCGAGAUGAAGAUGAUGGAAGCGGCAACUCCACAGACGAUCUUGACGCGUUUGAACGAGGAGUGGGAUGAUUCUCAAGACCCAGCUCUGUAUCAGGAGAUGGUGAUGGAGAAGCAAAGGUGGAUGCUAUCGGCUAUGUACAACGUGGACCGCCCUAGUGUUGACGGCUCGGACAAUUCAAGCAUGGUGCCAGCAACCCAAGGCCAGGGGCAGAAGAUUCUUGCCCUUUUUGAGAGUCCUGCCACUGCGUCAUAUCUAGCCGCUGCCCAUUGUAAUUCGCUGAUAUACCACACAUCGCCGACUCCAAUCUCAAACGACUUAUUCCCGAACGUACUUCCCACGGCACUUCCGGUAGUGUCUCAUUCGGUUCUUUCGACGGCACCGGACAUGUUCUCGGCUGUCUAUUGCCUGUCACUCCCCUCGCUUGUGCCAUCUUCGGAAAUCCCGCCGCUUCUGCGUAAUAUCUAUCGCACUCUCGCGCCAGGAGGCUCACUGCAUCUGACACUGAUUGAUCCAGCUCCAGUUGCUCGGUCACUCGGUCCACAUAUGCGGCAGUGGAUGGAGGAGAAUCUUCAGGACAACCUGGAGAGAAACUUUCGCUGCAUGAAUCCGAGAAAGCUGGUUCCAGGCUGGCUAGGUGAUGCUCACCUCAGGGCUUACGGCAGCAUUAUUACAACGGUCAAGUUCUUUGCAGUGCCGCCGCGUCGAGCCACGAGUGACACUAACCUCAGAGCCGGUAUUUCAUGUGCUGUCAGUGGCGAGGACGGGACGAGCAGUAGUGCCGGUAGCACCUCUGGCAGCAAAAAGUCAGGCAUGCAGAUUCGAACUGAGCUUCGAAGCACGGUCGGUCGGAUGCUAUGGAAAGAGGUCUGGGGCCAGUACAUCAGCACUACAAAGUGGUGGUGGGAAGACCCGCUCUGUGUCAGGGAGUGCCAGGAACUCUCUACUUACUGGGAGUACAAUAUCAUCGUGGCCACGAAGGAGUCUAUUGCCUCUGACAAGUCAGGCUAA